AUGGUUUGGUCCCGUGUCCCGGUGCCACAGCGGCAGCAAACCGCACCACUCCUCACCAAGCGCCUUGUGGCAUUGGGUAGUCAGAAAAGGUGGGCAAAAGCUUUGCAGGAGUUGUUCUUUGCGCAGAAGGGUUUGCAAAUCAAUGUGUUACACUUCAAUGCCCUUGCUGGAGCGUGUUCUUGGCCGGUGGCCUCCAAAAUCCUUCAGGUUGCCCGGAACCUGGGCAUUUGCUGGGAUGUGGUGUCUUAUAGCACGGUGCUGAACGCAGACGGUUCCAGCCAAUGGGCCAGGUCAAUAAAGGUAUUGGAAGAUUCUGUCCGACAUGUAGGAGCCGACCUCGUAACAUGGAGCACUGCGGUCACAGCUUGUCGAAAUGCGUGGGUAGUAGCCGGGGCGCUGGCCUCAGCCCUACCAGCCAACGUGAAGCCGGACGUGGCAAUCUUGGCUGCCCACACACAGACGCAGGCCACGGCGACGCCCGCAAUGUGGCCAGCAGCCUUGGAGCAGCUGAGGCGUAGCAAACUUUUUGAUCUUAAUGUGAACGCCAUGUUCCUGUCAACAACUCUUGGCGUUCUUGGGCACCACUCUGCCUGGCAUGCUGUGGUGGCAAUGUGGCAGCUCCCUUUGCAACACACCAUGUUUGGAGCAAAUGCCGUGCUAAAGGCCGCUGUGAAAGGCUACCGUUGGCAAGCGGGCCUGUUCUUGUUGAGGACUCUAGCACUGAAGUGCUUGCAAUGUGAUGCGGCCAGCUUCAACAGUGUCAUGGAUGGAGCCCGUGGUGCCCGAUGGUGGCAGGUGUCAGAGUUGCUUGGGGCGAUGAGACAGAAGCAGGUGCACUGCACAGAGGUGAGCAUCAACGUGGCCAUGGCCGUGCUUUCACAAGCAGGUUGUUGGGACAAGGCUUUGCGCCUUUCGCUGCAGGCAUUUGGCUUUGAUGCCAUCCGGACUCGGGAGAGCUUGGCUGCUUGUGAGAAGGCAGGUUCCUGGUCCUUGGCACUUUGCCUGCUGAAUCAUGCGCGGGAACGGGACCUUAAGCCUGCCCGAGUGGAGUUGGGUUCAGCAGCACGCAGCAGCAGCAAAGCCGGGCAGUGGCAGCAUAGCCUCGUGGUUCUCAAUAGCUACACUCCAGCAUCCUUCGAUCUGAAGGAACUGAAGGCUGAAUCGGCUGAGGACCUGGCUCAGUUGGCCUGGCUUGGUGCACAGCAAGGCAACCAUGCCAUGGACUGGCGCAUGCUGGCGGAGGUUCUAGCACCAAAGCUAGGGCAAUUGGACCUGGCGGAAUUGUCCUCAGCUGUUUGGUCUUUCGGCACCCUCAGCACAGCAAGCAGGAACUUUGUGGAGGCGGCUUCCAGAGAAACUCGUGUUCGGUUAUCACGCGAAGGUGUAGAUGCAACGCCACGGAUGCUGGCAGAUCUGGCCUGGGGCUUAGCGUCCUUGGACUUGGCAGAGGUCGAGGUCUACUCUGUGGUUCAGUGGCAGCUUGCCAGGCUGGCGCAAGGCUUGGACAUGAAGAAGCCCGCAAAGAUUUUGAAGGACUUCAUCAAGAAAUCCUUGGUGGUUGUUUGGGUGAGCAGUUUCCAAAGGUGUCUCCACGAUGGGCUCUACCAAGUGCUUGCGAAGAGAUUCAAUCGCCUGGCGAAGCUUGUGGUGUCGUCUGUGUCUUCGACCACCACGGCAAUGCCCACACAUGAGCAUCAAAUACAACCAGGCGAUGAGUCGCCCUCCAUUGUGCUCGAUUUGCCAGACAGGCUGGUAGUCCAGAAGCCACCUUCGUGGCAGGUGGACGAUGGGAAGGAUGAUCCAGAGAGCUCUCGGGGAAGGCUUUCGACUUUUCUGAGCACCCGUUUCUCCUGCCCCAUUUUACGGGAGGUAGAGCACCAGAGAGGUUUCCUUCAUCGCCUGGAUGUCCCUACAUCCGGGCUGAUCUUGGUGGCGAAGGAGCAUCGAGCCUACUACGACUUGCAACUUCAAUUGGCUGCUGGGCAGGUGGCCAGAGAAUAUGCCAAUGACGAGCGUUGCAUUGAUGCGCGGCUGGACUGGGGCCUGUGGGGUCGCGAUGUGCCCAGUGUGGUGUGCGGACAUGGAAAACCAGCCCGCACCAGGGUUCGGGUCCUGGAUCACGUAGAGAGCAGUGGCCGCGCCCUUUGCUUGCUCACCGUGCUCAUCGACACUGGCCGGAGGCACCAGAUCCGUGUGCACAUGGCUCACAUAGGCCACCCGGUAGCUGGUGAUGGCAAGUACAUGUGCCUUGAGACCCUCAAAGAGGAUGCUUGGUCUCCGCGGACCUGGCUACAUCGCUACCGGCUGUGCUUUCGAGCUAGGCCACUCACUCAAUCCCGGGUUGGGUGUUCAAAGCAAAUGGCAAAGCUGUUGGAGACCAAAUUUAGUAUUGCCACAAAGUGAGGUUGUACCGUGAGCAAUUAGUGGUGCCUACAAAAUGCUCGGGCCAAGACAGUGCC